CCACAUUUUGGUUUCUUAUUCUUAAAUUUUAUUUUCAGAAAAUGGGAAAUCGGGUCUUUUAGAUGGAGAGUCGCCCACCCGCUUCAAACGUGACUUAGUAGAGUACCUGUUAUCAUACAAAGCUCCAGAUCUUGUACGCUGGACACAUAUUAUUAUGAAGUACGACUUUAGUAGCUGCAAUGUGGUGUUUGUGGGUAGUACUCCUGGCUAUCACACAGGAGAGGAUAAAGACCGCUGGGGACACAUGAAAGUUCGUAGGGCUAUACGACAGCAUGCAACCUCCUGGAAGUCAUCGUUACCAAUAAUUGCUCAGUGCUCCUCUAUAGGCAGCUUAGGAAAGGAUGCUAAAUCUUGGCUGAGUGGAGAACUGGGUAUGAGCCUUACUGGAGCAGCUGCAGUUUGUGCCAGUCCUCCUCCAGUAAGAUAUUUCAUCAUAUUUUAUAUAUAUUCUUCAUGCAUGUUAUUAUAAUAAUUGGCAUCC